AUGGAACAAGCUGCGCAGAACGCUGGACAACAGCAAGGCAGGCAACAGCCCGUUUACGACACCAGAAAUGGUGGGCAUUAUGGUGCCAGCGCAGCGCUUUCUGCACAAGGUUAUGCGCCUGUUGCCGAGCUUUAUACCGGCACGUGGGCGAAUGUCAACCAAGGUCUGCAGGGGACAGCCCGCGAUAUCCUUACGACGUAUUGGCAGCAUAUCAUCAAUCAUCUUGAAUCAGACAACCACGAUUAUAAAAUACACCAACUACCACUUGCCCGCAUUAAAAAGGUCAUGAAAGCCGAUCCAGAAGUUAAGAUGAUAUCAGCAGAGGCGCCGAUACUUUUUGCAAAGGGCUGUGAUAUCUUUAUCACUGAACUGACUAUGCGGGCAUGGAUCCAUGCAGAGGAUAACAAGCGACGUACACUACAGAGGUCCGAUAUCGCUGCAGCACUAUCGAAGUCUGACAUGUUCGAUUUUCUCAUUGACAUUGUACCCCGUGAGGAGGCCACGUCGCAUGCAAAGCGAUCUAGUCAAACAGCUGGGGCUUCUGCAGGCGUUGCAGGCCCUGCCGGCGCCACCGGCCAACUGCCCCCGUCCCAACAUGGUGUUCAACAUCACAUGCCUCCUCCAGACUAUAGUGCCCUUGGACAACAUGGCCUUCAAGAUCAAGAAUAUCGACAGCCGACAAUGUAUGCCGGGGCUGUCCAGUCGGACCCAACGGCAGCCUAUGGCCAACACCAGCCUCAAAUGUUCGAAGGAAUGUAUGCCGCCUAUCCGCAUCUGCCACCACAGCAGGUAUGUUAA